AUCAUUAACAACAUAUUUUAAGGAAAGAGUCACAAUCAUGCAUAUAAAGGAGGAGGAAGAGGCAAUUUUUCUUUAACCUCCGCCGACUCGAAAUUACAACCACCCCCAGCUGUAGAGUGAUUUGGGAGUGAAUAGAAAAUUGUAAGAUAGUCGCGCAAAUGGGAAGCGUACCAGCGCAAAUUCCGACUAGCUUUGGGCAUGAACUCAGGGCUUGUCUUCGCUGUCGUCUCGUCAAAACCUAUGAUCAGUUUAGGGAGUCGGGAUGCGAGAACUGCUCCUUCUUUAAGAUGGACGAGGAUCAUGAGCGCGUCGUCGAUUGCACUACUCCUAACUUUAAUGGGAUAAUUUCUGUCAUGGACCCAUCUAGAUCCUGGGCUGCUCGCUGGCUCAGAAUUGGGAGAUUUGUUCCUGGUUGUUACACUCUUGCUGUCUCAGAAGCAUUACCAGAGGACUUGCAGGCUUUAUGUGAAGAAGAACGUGUGCAGUACAAUCCACCGAAGCGUGUAUAAGUGACUGGUUACUAGCAUAUCUUUUAUGCUUGAACUCGACUGUGUAAUUAAUUGGAGUAGGUUGAACUGGAGCUUGUUUUGAUGUUAAUCUGAGUUAAUUUUGAAUACUUUGAGUCAAUUUCUAGUAGUACUUGUCUUGUACAAUACAAGGUUUCUUGUUAUUCAAAGUGUGCGUUUCUCUGAUUGACUUUUAACAAUACAAGGUUUUUUCUUUA